CUAUGGAGUCUUUGAUCUAAUGGAGACAAAUUUUGCCUCCUAAAUAUAGUAAGGAGCCAAAAAAUAUUGCUGCUAAGUGGCUAUACAGUUCUUAAAUUGCUAUUCUGUUAAGGUGAAGCUUCAAUCACCUACCAGCAAUAAAAAAGACAUUCUUGAGAAGUUAUUUUCUUGGCAACUGCCUGGUAAUUUCCCAUGAAACAAGCACCUUUCUCUCUGACAAAGAUGUUAUAAGUUGCAUGUUCUUUUGGACACUGAACCAUUCGCUUCUGAUCUAUCUAACACUCUCUUUGCAGAGAAGCAAGAUCUCCAAACAUGUUCUCUAUUUCCUUCAGCACUGCUCUUUUAUCAGGUAAUAUGGAACACCAACAACGUUCCAGUAAACCUAGUAAUGAAAUUUUUUAUGCCCUGCAAAAACUUGAAGAAAUUCUGCAUCAGAAGGAACUGCAAAUUUCCUUACUUGAGUUGGAUGUUUUUUCUCCGUUAAAGAAUCUUUUGGUAGUCAAGAAUUCGAAGGAUAAUGCAAAUAGCAACAAGCUCAAAGUUGAAGCUGUUGAAAUUUCUGGGGAUUUUACUGGUGCAGAAGCUGCAAUGAAAGAAGAGAAAACACCUCAAAUGCAUAGAGUGAGCAACGGCAGGAAACUAUUAACAGAUUCAAGAGCUUCAAGUUCAAAUGAAGUAGCAAAAAUGUCACUAGUAAGUCCUUCAAGAGGUAAGGUUUAUGUUAAUUCUUGUGAAGGAGAACAGAUUUUGCAGGGUAUCGAAAUUGAACAGCUGAAAGCGCGAUUGGAGUUUCUUGAAGAAGAAAGCAAAUUAAUGAGGCUAGAAUUUUUGGACCAUGUAGAAGAAAAGAAAAAAAUGGUGAAUGAGAUAUUUCAGCAGUUUCAGACAAUAUAUCAUUACCUUGAGCUUGAAAAUUCAGUAGACGGAGAGAAAGGCUUUCGUGGAUCCUUAACGGGCUUGCCUCCUGAGGAAGUAGGCACUGUCACCAGCAGGGACCAAAAAAGAAGAGAUGUUUUGACAUUAAAGGAAGCUCCUGAAGAAUGACAAAGUUUGGUCCUACACACUGUGCUGCUUUCUUGAUUGGAUUUAUGAAGAAUUGAAGUCAAAAUACUUUAUACAAUAAAUUGGUUUCCCAAUACUUUUGAUAUGAGAUCAUUUAUAAUAGAUAUAGAAAGUUAUACCUAUUUAAUUUAUAAUCAUCUAUAAGACUGUUAUACAGUAAAUGUUUGUAAGAUGGCAGCUCUAAAUAUUUCAAGAAACACUAUUUUGUUCUUGUUUUCUUUCUUUCAA